AUGAUGCAGGUUCCGAAGACGAUCCUGUAUCCUCCUGGUUUGGGGUUCUCGGCUCCCGCUCCUGCUGCAGCACAAGCGCCAUCAGUUGGAGCUAUUCCUACUACUGCUACACCUGUUUCUUCCACUUCACAUAAUAGACAGGACAGUUUGGUGGAAACUACAACUUCUAAUACUGCAAAAACUGCUGAUGAUGCUGCUACUGCCGAUACUCAUGCUGCCAAUCUCGCAGCUGCACACGAUAUUUUGGACGAGCUUCUUGCUACUUCCCAGUCUUCAGCUUCUUUGACUAUGAAACGACUUGAGAAUCUCACGCUUCAUCCUUCGUUCUUUCAGCCGGCUUCUGCUGGCGCUCCUACGACAGUCAAUCCGGCGGAUGUCAUGCCCAGAGGAAAAGAACCUGCUCCUGGGGCGGGACUUUGGCAGGAGGUUCCUGGGUUGUCUGCUGCUCCUCCUCCUUCGUCUCUGCAGCCUCUGCCGCCUCUGAUGUCAGAGCAAGAAAUUCUGGACUCUUUGAGUGCAAAUUUGAACGUCAAUAUGGAUAUGGCAGACGUCGGAGGUGUUCCGGUUCUGGAUGAGCCCUUGUUUGAUGAGCAUAGGAGGUUUGUCGAUCCGGGGAUGGAGGGUUUGCCGGCGACGGGACAGGUAGCGCCGUUGGAUGUUGAUGCUACGGAGGGUGAGACGGGCCCAUCGGGGGCGGAGAGGAGUUGGGAAAAGACGGUUGGGGAGUUGGAUGAGGAGAUGGGUGGGUUUGGGGGUUAA